AUGGCCCAUUUCGUUCCCACCUGGGGCUUUGGCAAUAUCGCGAAGCAGAACACGCCCGCGGGAAAAGAGAGCAACAGCAACCUCAUCGAGAUCCGGGUCAUGAAGGUGGAGCCGGAGGCAAUAAUAGUCAAGCGCGAGUCAGAUGUUGAGGAAGAUGCGGUUUUUACUAAGCAGGAGUUGAACGUCGAGGACCGGGUGGCGGACAUCGCGAUUAAGCGCGAACCUGAAUAUAACCGCCAGGCAGAGAUCGAGCGAGAGUCCGCCACUCCGUACGAAGAAGAUGAUCUUGAAUGCGCCGACGAGGACGGAGAUCAGGAGAUGACGCCCGCACCAGAGGAAGAAGGCGACGGAGUGGCAGAGGCGGAAGAGAAUCAUUUGGAGAAUAACGACCAGGCGGGCCAGUACCACUAUCCCUUUCAAUACCACGGUCUACCUUACCAUCUACCGGACCCGGCCGCUCUUGGGGGAUAUCUGCCGGUGCGCUACGCCAACUAUCAUGCGCUCGCUCAUCUUGCCGGCGUUCCUCUUCAACACGAUCCAGUCGGGCACUGGAACCCGCGAGUCGCCUACGGACCACUGCGAGCCUACCAUCGGGACCCACCGGCCCGAUAUGACGACCUGGGGUUCUACAACGCCCCGCCUGUCCCGCGGCCACAAGAUCCCGCCGCAGCCCCCGUCGGCAACGAGCGAGAACGGCAAACUACUGCCCUGCGAGACUUUGUCGGUCGCAAUGUCAUCAUCCUCGCUGAGGUGCAGAGUGUGGACUCUGUUGAGAACUUGAGGGGCCGUGGCUUCCGUGUGCGGCUCACUAACGGUCAUGCCAUGACGCUCGAUACCGCCGACGGCCACUCUGCGGUGGGUGACAAGACCCUCUUUUGGGCGUACGCUGAGUAG